GCAGGCCGCGUUUAAUGGCUGCAGGAAGCGUCGCGGGGCCGCUUGCCUUCGCCCGCUCUGUGACAUAUGCGGCGGAGGGGUUGAGGGCGGCCGGGAAGGACGGCGAGGGUUCAUGUUGCAAUUGGGAGAGGAAUUCUCGUUAGAGCACGUACUGGAUAUUAGAUGGACCAAUGACAAAGGAAUUCAUUGAGAUGACAUAGUAUAGGAAGCGAGACCAUGGUGCAAAAGAAGAAGAGCUGCCCUCGUUUACUUGAUUACCUUGUGAUUAUUGGAGCCAGGCAACCAAGUAGUGAUAGUGUGGCACAGACACCUGAACUUCUGCGCCGUUACCCGCUAGAAGACCACACUGAUUUCCCACUGCCUCCCGAUGUAGUCUUUUUCUGCCAACCAGAAGGAUGCUUAAGUGUGCGGCAGAAGCGGAUGAGCUUGCGAGAUGAUACUUCCUUUGUUUUCAUGCUCACAGACAAAGAUUCAGGCAUCAUCCGCUAUGGGAUAUGCGUUAACUUCUAUCGGUCCUUCCAGAAGCGCAUUUCCAAGGAGAAGGGUGAAGGCAGUGGUGGACAUCGUAGCAGAGAUGGACAGAAGGCACACAAAUCUGGGGAUGCUUCAACUGUGCAAGAAGAAAGAGCUAAUGAAAGUUUAGAGAGCGGUGUCUCUCUCCAGCCACAGAGCAUAGAGCCAGUUCUUGAUAAAAACCGGUCACCUCGGAGAAAAUCAUCAGCGAAGGGCGCUCAUCGUUCUCGUAACAGUACCCUGACCUCACUCUGCAUUCUUAGUCAUUAUCCCUUUUUUUCUACCUUUCGUGAAUGUCUGUACACUCUGAAGAAGCUGGUGGACUGCUGCAGUGAGAGGCUCUUAGGCAAGAAGCUGGCAAUCCCUCGAGGAGUGCAGAGGGACACCAUGUGGCGGAUUUUCACAGGCUCACUGCUUGUGGAGGAAAAAUCUAGUGCUUUGCUACAUGAUUUGCGUGAAACCGAGGCUUGGAUUUAUCGGCUUCUUCGCUCACCUGUGCCAGUUGCUGGCCAGAAGCGUGUGGAUGUGGAAGUCUUACCUCAUGAAUUGCAGCCAGCCUUGACGUUUGCCCUCCCCGACCCUUCCCGCUUUUCUCUGGUGGAUUUCCCUUUGCAUUUGCCCUUGGAGCUCUUAGGUGUGGAUGCUUGCUUGCAAGUACUGUCCUGCAUUCUUCUGGAACAUAAGGUAGUACUGCAGUCUCGCGAUUACAAUGCUCUAUCCAUGUCUGUGAUGGCAUUUGUGUCUAUGAUCUACCCAUUGGAAUAUAUGUUCCCAGUGAUUCCUCUCCUUCCUACCUGCAUGGCUUCCGCAGAACAGCUACUCCUAGCCCCAACACCUUAUAUUAUUGGAGUCCCAGCAAGCUUCUUCCUUUAUAAGUUAGACUUUAAAAUGCCAGAUGAUGUAUGGCUGGUGGAUCUAGACACUAACAAGAUCAUUGUUCCUACAAAUGCUGAAUUACUGCCUGUUUUGCCAGAACCGGAAGUUUUAGAACUGAAAAAGCAUCUGAAGCAGACUCUGAUUAGCAUGUCUGCAAUCACUCAGCAACAACUGCUCACGCCUGAAAAAAAGGCUUUGGCCAGCAUGAGUUUGAAUACCCAGCCUAUUCUUAACCUAGAAAAGUUUCAUGAAAGUCAAGAAAUCCCAUUGCUUCUGGGAAGACCGCAGAAUGACCUACAAUCCACACCGUCCACAGAGUUCAACCCACUGAUCUAUGGUAAUGAUGUAGAUUCAGUGGAUGUAGCCACUAGGGUUGCUAUGGUGAGAUUCUUCAAUUCACCAAAUGUUUUACAUGGAUUCCAGAUGCAUACCCGCACACUUCGUCUCUUUCCCCGCCCCGUGGUUGCAUUUCAGGCCAAUUCCUUUUUAGCUUCACGACCGAAACAGACACAAUUUGCAGAAAAAUUGUCCAAGACACAGGCAGUGGAGUACUUUGGGGAGUGGUCUCUCAAUCCCACUAAUUAUGCUUUCCAAAGAAUCCACAACAAUAUGUUUGACCCAGCUCUGAUUGGUGAUAAGCCAAAGUGGUAUGCUCAUCAGCUGCAGCCAAUCCAUUAUCGUGUUUAUGACAGCAAUUCUCAGCUAGCUGAAGCAAUGAAUGUCCCAGCUGAUAGAGAAACAGAUUCAGAUCCUACUGAUGAUAGUGGGAGUGAUAGUGUGGACUAUGAUGACUCCAGCUCUUCUUAUUCAUCCCUUGGUGACUUUGUUAGUGAAAUGAUGAAAUGUGAUAUCAAUGGUGAUACUCCAAAUGUGGACCCACUAACUCAUGCAGCUUUGGGUGAUGCAAGUGAAGUUGAGUUUGAUGAUUUCCAGGAAUACUCAGCAUAUAUGGACGAACAGGCUCCAGAUAGUGAGAAUUCCCAAGAUAAUAACCAACCUCGGUCAAGUUCAAGCACUACAGCCAGCAGUAGUCCUAGCACUGUUAUCCAUGGGGUGAAUCAUGAAUCAGCUGAUUCAGCAGAGGUAGAAGAGAAGAUGGUAGCUGGAUUUUCAAAUCACCUUUCCAGCUUGCCUUUACAGCCAAAUUUUCCCAAGGUGACUGUGGAUCAUCAUGAAAGCGAGAGUCCUUCAUUCAGCUUGAGUACCACAGAAGGAAUGGUGAAGAAACGAGAGUAUGAUAAUCCAUAUUUUGAACCACAGUAUGGAUUCCCAACAGAAGAAGAGGAAGAUGAGCAGGAAGAAAGCUAUACUCCAAAGUUCAACCAGAAUCUCAAUGGCAGUCGGCCUCCAAAACUUUUGCGUCCCAAUAGUUUAAAGCUGGGAAAUGACUCUGAUGCAGAAUCGGAUUCUCGUGCCAGUUCCCCAAAUUCUACAGUCUCCAAUAACAGCAGUGAAGGUUUUGGGGGUAUUAUGUCUUUUGCCAGUAGCCUAUACAAGAAUCACAGCACAAGCUUUAGUCUUUCCAAUUUAGCACUUCCAUCCAAAGCUGUGAGAGACAAAACCACUCCAUUUCCUAGUCUGAAAGAUUACUUUAAUCUGGAAGUGGGAAGGGAUAUGGAUAAAGUAUUUGGGCUAAAUACUAUAAUGGAGAUUAUUACUGAAGCUGGGCCAGUAAGCAAUGAAGGAAACAGGCGAGCACUUGUAGAUCAGAAGUCUUCUGUUAUAAAGCACAGCCCAACAGUGAAAAGGGAAUCUCCUUCGCCACAAGGACGAACCAGUAAUUCCAGUGAAAAUCAGCAGUUCUUGAAAGAGGUGGUGCACAAUGUCCUAGAUGGACAAGGAAUUGGUUGGUUAAACAUGAAGAAAGUACGUCGUCUCUUGGAAAGUGAACAACUCCGUAUGUUUGUGUUAAGUAAGCUUAAUCGCACUAUCCAGUCAGAGGAGGAUGCUCGACAGGAUGUUGUCCAGGAUGUGGAGAUUAACCGAAAGGUUUACAAAGGAAUGCUGGAUAUACUAAAAUGUACAGUAUCAAGCCUUGAGCACUCAUAUGCAAAUGCUGGACUUGGAGGCAUGGCAAGUGUGUUUGGCUUGCUAGAAAUAGCUCAUACUCAUUACUAUAACAAAGAGCCUGAAAAAAGAAAGCGAAGCCCAACAGAUGGAGCAAUCACUCCGGUUGGCAAAGAUCCUAUUUUAGCCAGGAGGGUGGAACCGAAACCCAAGGUGCAACUACAAGUACCUCAGCUCAUGCCAAGGGCACCAGGCCUCUCAGGGAAAGGGCCAAGGGAGUUUGACACAAGGAGUUUAAAGGAGGAAAAUUUUGUAGCUUCUAUUGAAUUGUGGAACAAGCACCAGGAAGUGACAAAACAAAAAGCUUUGGAAAAACUGAGGUCAGAAGGUACAAAACACUUCUUUGACUUGGGAGAGACAGAUGAGAAGAAAUCCCAGAUUAGUGCUGACAGUGGUCUAAGCUUAACCUCCAGCUCUCAGAAGAGUGAUCUGGAUUCUGUGGCAAGUGUGGGGCCUGCUGUUAUGAUCCGAAGCACCAGCCAAGAUUCUGAAGUUAGCACAGUGGUGAGCAACAGCUCUGGAGAAACGCUUGGAGCAGAUAGUGACCUGAGCAGCAAUGCUGGUGAUGGCCUUGGUGGAGAGAUUAGUGGAAAUUUAACAGGAUCACGAGGCACCGUCUCAGACAGUGAAAUUGAAACAAAUUCUGCUACUAGUGCUAUAUUUGGUAAAUCUCAUAGUGUGAAAAAAACAAUUAAAGAUAAUAAAUGCAGCAGCCCUGGAAGAGUUCCAGAAGAUGCAAGUCAACGAGUUUAUCUCUUUGAGGGUUUACUUGGGAGGGAUAAAGGAUCUGUCUGGGACCAGUUAGAGGAUGCUGCCAUGGAAACCUUCUCUAUGAGUAAAGAGCGUUCAACUCUGUGGGAUCAGAUGCAGUUCUGGGAAGAUGCUUUUCUGGAUGCUGUGAUGUUAGAAAGAGAAGGGAUGGGAAUGGAUCAGGGGCCUCAAGAGAUGAUUGACAGAUAUUUUUCUUUAGGAGAACAUGACCGAAAACGUUUAGAAUAUGAUGAAGACCGUUUAUUGGCUACUUUGCUUCACAAUAUGAUUGCAUACAUGAUUAUGAUGAAGGUGCAGAAGAAUGAUAUUAGGAAGAAAGUACGCCGUUUGAUGGGGAAAUCUCACAUUGGCUUAGUUCAUAGUCAAGAAAUAAAUGAAAUACUUGACAAAAUUUCCAACAUAACUGGCAGGGAGUUUGCCAUCCGACCAAGUGGCAGUAGACAUAUUAAGAAACAAACAUUUGUUGUACAUGCUGGCACAGAUACAACAGGGGACAUAUUCUUCAUGGAGGUAUGUGAUGACUGCAUUGUGUUGAGAAGCAACAUUGGCACUGUGUAUGAACGUUGGUGGUACGAAAAAUUGAUUAAUAUGACAUACUGUCCCAAAACAAAAGUGCUGUGUCUUUGGAGGAGGAAUGGACAGGAAACACAACUGAAUAAGUUCUACACUAAAAAGUGCCGGGAGUUAUAUUAUUGUGUAAAAGAUAGUAUGGAAAGAGCAGCUGCAAGACAACAGAGCAUAAAGCCAGGACCUGAACUUGGUGGGGAAUUUCCUGUACAGGAUAUGAAAACUGGCGAAGGAGGCCUUCUCCAAGUCACACUGGAAGGAAUUAAUUUGAAAUUCAUGCAUAGUCAGGUUUUCAUAGAGCUGAAUCACAUUAAAAAGUGCAAUACAGUGCGUGGCGUCUUUGUCCUGGAAGAAUUUGUUCCUGAAACUAAAGAAGUGGUGAGCCACAAGUACAAGACACCAAUGGCUCAUGAGAUCUGCUAUUCGGUAUUGUGUCUCUUCUCUUAUGUGGCAGCAGUGCGUGGGAAGGAGGCAGAAAGCAAAAGCAAACCACCUCGUCCAGUGUCCAGCUGAUCAAUGUUAUUGUUGAGAAACACAUUGCCAUGCAAUUUUCUCCUUUCUUUUGCAGUUAUACAAGCUCACAUGAAAACCAUUCAUAUAUGGCCCCGUUCUCUUGAAAUCCCCUGCAAAUCCCCUUUAUGGAAAUGAAAUUUCAUGAGCACAUUCAGGCCUGUGCUUAAGAUAUUCUAAGCAUUUGCAUUCUGUUUAUCACUUUCUCUUUCGUAUUUAGUUCAUCAAGAUGGCUCACAUGACACUCCCUUCUUUUUAUCUCCAGUUGUACUGUUGUUUGUUUAAUUUAUAGGCAUAUGCCUUCUGUUUCAGAUUUGUUAUUGUGUGCAUUGUGCAAGCCACUCACUCUUGGAUCACCCACUGUUGCUGCUGUUCAGAUGCUUACUUUUAUUUCCUUUCUUGUUUUUGGUACUUGAAUUGUCAUUAGAGAAUCCUUGCCAAUAGCCCUUUUGUAGACUUCUUCAACCCUUUCCACAUCAAGGGUUGGAAUAUAUGUAUAUAUAUUGUGUCAUCAAAGGAAUGGCUAAAGAUCAUAAUGCAGGAGUGAUUAAAUAGUGAUCUCAUGAUCAGUAUGCAUGUGCUGUACAUACUAUUUUAAACAUAAGACAACAAUUUUGCUGACAUUCCAGUUCAAUUCACUAGUAUAUAGACAUAAAUAGAUUUCUUUAUGAUAAGUGUAUAGAAUUAAAUGAGAACAGGAGAAAAGCCACCAAAACCAAGACAGUAUGAUUGGCUUGAAUGUAUGAGAUAGUCAUGUGAAGCCUGAGCGUGUGCAGUGUACUGUUAGAGAUACAUCCAGUUAUUAAAAAGUUGUAAGCAUGCACAAAUGUAUCAGUAGCAUUGUAUCUUCUCAUUUUACGUCUCCCUUUAACCACGGCUUUUGUCAGUCUAUUAAUGUUUAUUUUUAAAAAGCAAAAAAUGUCACUGUGUAAUGAAUUUUCCCCUUCUGGUAAAUUUCCAUUUGACAAUUGUUGAAUAGGAUGAAAAAUAAAUGAAUUGUCUUUCUACUUUUCAUGGACUAUACUGGACUCUAAUGCAAAAAUACACCAAGGUACUUGAAGGAGAAAAUUUACAGUAGAGAAGAAACUAGAACAUCUGGCAGACUUCUCUGGCUGAUGUUGAAGUAUCACAGAAGUGAUAACAUUUCAAGGCAACAUGCCUUUAGGAAUCGUUGGGCUUGUUCUGCACAAUUUAAUCUGUAUGACUGUUGAAUUGACUGCACUAUAAAGGGUGGGAGGGGGGAAGAAAUGUACAUAUUUCAGUACCACAUAUAUUUAUAGAAAAGUGUACAGUUGUCUGAAUGUUAAAUUAAAAUGCAAUUAAACCACUGUUGCCUCUUGUGAAAUCUUAUUAGUCUUGCGUACCAUGUGCAUGACUUCAGUUUCAGAUAAAACCAAAACUGAAGGGCCCAUCUCUAAAAUACAUAAUUUUAGACUAGGUAGACUAGGUAGAAGGAAGGGACAUUUAUUAUGCACAGAUUUUGAUUAAAUAUGAAAGCACCUCAGUACAAUUUAAUGAUGUCUUUAUAAAAAAAGACAACCGAUGCAGAAAAUUCAUCCAUUUGAAGCAAAGCCCUUUGCAUUAAGGUCUCCUGAAUCAAGGCUGUGUGCAUGUGCAUGUGUGUAAUUGUGUGUAUGCUUUUAAAGUAUUACAUGUUUGUAAUUUUAGGUUUUAGAGAAAGGGAAUUAUCUAAGAGAUAAAGUGGGAAACAUAACCCAAUAUUUGGACUGUUUCACAUAAACGUAAUGUCCUCGCACCUUCAGACUUAUAAUGAAAUGAAAUGGACAUUUCUUCUUACAUUUUUCACCCUACAGCAGGUUUGGUAAAUUUUGAACAGGCAUGGAGUUUAAUUGGCUGCAAUUUUGUAUCUGUGAUCCACUAUGAAAUACUAUGCAAAUAAAUUAUUUGCUCCAAAA